CUUCUGCUGUGCCUAUUUUGGAUUGUUGCAUUAAUAAUAUAAUAAAACAUGUCCUCAUUCUGUUAAAAUGUAACGGGCAGGAAGAAUAUCUGGAGAUAGUUUCCAGCGCAGUUUCCUGGAGUGGACCUACUGCAGACAUGAGAAGGAAAAGCUGUCGGCUGUUGACCAUUUCUCUUGUCCAGCCUGCAUGGAAGACAUUGCAGCAAUUUCUGUUGAUGGAAACCGCAAGAUGUACCGCUUCAAUCGGACUAAAGGGACUGAUGAAUCUGGUUACUUUGAUGGUGCUUUUUUUUCAAAAGACAAGGAGGUUGCAGAAUUUGUGGAGGGUAUCCGGAAUCGAAUCAGACCUGAAUCUGGUCGAGGUGUGUGUGGUAAAUCCCAAUGGAAAGCUGCAAGGGAGACUGCCAAAAAGUCUGGUUCAAAGGUGGAUGAAGAGGGAGUGGAGGUGGCCGUCUGUCGUCAUGGAAUUUUGUUCAAGGCUUUGAACAUGUUCAGAGGAGAGAUAUACGCUUAUCCUCUCUUCCUACAAAAGGAGGUUUCUUUGGGCCAUAACAUUCAAUUUUUCUGCACUGAUAUCAUGUGCAAGUACUAUCCUUACCUGCAGAAGGUAUGUGAGGCUUUCCCAGAUCUGGUGCCACUCCUGCAGAUGAAGCCAUUCUUGUCUGUGAUGCAUGCAAAAGGCCACUCAGGAAAAUGUGAGGUGCAAUGGGGUGGGCGCAAUCAGGAAGGAGCUGGUAUGACUGUUGGGGAGGAGGUCGAGCAGGUGAAUUCUUUUUUGUCACGAGUUGGACUAACGACAAAGUACAUGACCAAAUCUGCACGCACAGAUAUGAUUACAUUGCAAGCUCGAGGAUAGAACAUGAGAAAGAAGAGCAAUCUACACGAGUACCUUUCUCAAAGAUAUGUCAAGAUAAUGAAAAGGACAAGAGAAAUGGAGCAGGAGGUAGAGGCCUUGAAAGUGGAACUGGGGAAGACUGAAGUGGAACUCCAGCAGUGGGUUACUGAUGUGAAGGAUUGGGCCGCAGCAACUCCAAAUGACAUCAGUCCUGAUGAUGCUCCUGGGUUACAGCGUGUCAUGGAAGGUUUGGCCCUAAGUAUCCAGCAGAAGAAAGUGGAUAAAUAUCGGCAGACUGACAGCAAUAAGGCCAGGCAACGCAUUCAAACAAAGAUUGCAAAGGACAAAACUAAAUUAAGCCAAGCCAUGGACUUCUACAACAGGCUUGUCUCUGCUGAAGAUGCUGUUGGUCCAGUUGAUGUCAUCCUGGCUGCAGAGUGUCCUUUAUGGCCAUGGGACAAAGACUCAGACGUGCCUUUAAAAGAAAAGAAGGCGGUCUUCGACAAAGUCAUGCUCCUCCGUCGCCUGAAAGAGGAAGAUGGGAUUCUGCUGAAAGAGAUGCAACAGCAUUGGCAGUUUCUUUGCAGAACUUCUCGAAGACUGCAAGAAUUUAAAGGAAUGGGCUACCAGUCAGGACUUUCCAUGGAGGCUUAUGAGGGACUGCGCUGCAUUUUGCAAGGCCAAUUGGAGACGUUGAAGCGACAAAUGAGGGAGGUGAAGUCAGCCUACAUGCACGUAGUUGACUCUAGUGUCCUGCAGCUGGAGGAGGAAGAGUCUGAGGAAGACUUGCAGGAGGAGUCUGAUGGUGACGAUAGCGAUGAAGACGAAGACUUCUAA